GAUAUUGUUGCGCCAAUUAGAUUAAAAAAGGUUCGAGAGAAAAUUAAAGCACCGUGGUACAACAGUGCUACACAUGCUAUCAAGAGAGAAACUCGCAACUUAGAGCGUAAAUGGAAACAAACUAAUUUAGAGGUCUUUAGAAUCGCGUGGAAAGACAGUAUGUCACGUUAUAAAAAGACACUAAAAACAGCCAGGGCUGAGCAUCUCCGCAAACUAAUCGAAAAUAACCAAAAUAAUCCAAGGUUUUUAUUUAACACCGUGGCUAGACUAACAAAUAAACAGACAUCACCAGAGCAAAAUAUACCUUUACAGUUUAGUAGUAAUGAUUUUAUGAAUUACUUCAAUGCGAAAAUAGAAAGCAUCCGAAACAAAAUUAUAAAUGUACAAUCCGCUAUGGUGUCUUAUGAUUCAGCUUCAAUUAUGGACCCUCUAGAACAACUAAACCGCUUUACAACGAUAGGACAGGAGGAGCUAAAUAAACUUAUCAUUGCAUCUAAACCAACAACUUGUUUAUUAGAUCCAAUACCCACUAAACUACUGAAAGAACUAUUACCUGUAGUGGAAGAGCCUCUCCUCAAUAUUAUUAACUCGUCUUUAUCUUUAGGUCAUGUCCCAAAAAUAUACAAGCUGGCUGUAAUAAAACCGCUCAUUAAGAAACCGCAAUUAGAUCCAAAUAACUUGGCAAAUUACAGACCCAUUUCAAAUCUUCCAUUUAUGUCCAAAAUACUUGAAAAAGUAGUGUCCGCUCAAUUGUGCUCUUUUUUGCAAGAAAAUGAUAUCUAUGAAAAAUUCCAGUCAGGAUUCAGACCGCAUCAUAGUACAGAAACUGCGCUAGUUAAAAUUACAAAUGAUUUACUUUUAGCUUCUGACCAAGGCUGUAUCUCAAUACUAGUCCUACUUGAUCUUAGCGCUGCGUUCGACACUAUAGAUCAUAUAAUACUCUUGGAUCGACUACAAAACUUCACCGGUGUCCAGGGACAGGCAUUAAGCUGGUUUAGAUCGUACUUAUCGGACCGUUCUCAUUUUGUCUGUUUAAAUGGGAAAAAAUCAAAGAUAACGUCAGUAGACUAUGGAGUACCGCAAGGAUCAGUUUUAGGCCCUCUGCUAUUCUCAAUAUAUAUGCUGCCACUUGGUAAUAUUAUAAGAAAACAUGGAAUUAAUUUCCACUGUUACGCUGACGACACUCAAUUAUAUAUUUCAUCACGACCAGAUGAAAACACUAACUCAUCUAAAAUGACAGAGUGUCUCAAAGAUAUAAAAUGCUGGAUGACGCGUAAUUUCCUGCUAUUAAAUUCAGAUAAAACGGAGGUAUUACUUAUUGGUCCAAAAAAACUACUCCAAAACCUCUCACAAUACAACUUUAAUAUAGACGGAUGUCCUGUUACUUUAUCCACAACAGUAAAAGACCUGGGUGUUAUACUAGACCGCAACUUGUCGUUCGAAAAUCAUAUUUCAUAUGUUACAAGAACAGCCUUUUUCCACCUUAGAAACAUUGCUAAGCUACGUAACAUGCUAUCUAUUUCUGAUGCAGAAAAAUUAGUUCACGCAUUCAUGACCUCGAGACUAGAUUACUGUAAUGCUUUAUUAGCUGGUUGUCCUGCAUCCUCAAUAAACAAGCUACAGUUAGUACAAAAUGCAGCUGCUAGAGUUCUUACUAGGUCAAGAAAAUAUGAUCAUAUAACACCGAUUUUAUCAUCUCUACACUGGUUACCUAUUAAGUUCCGCAUCAACUACAAAAUACUACUACUGACCUAUAAAGCCCUAAAUGGUUUAGCACCUAUGUACUUAACGGACCUUCUUUCGCCCUACAAUCCACCGCGUUCCUUAAGAUCACUAAAUUCAAGGCUUCUGGUCAUUCCUAGGAUAUCGAAGUCCAGUAAAGGAGGGAGGGCGUUCUCGCAUUUAGCUCCAAAACUCUGGAAUGGCCUUCCCGAUACGGUCCGAGCCUCUGACUCGCUGACACAGUUCAAAACUAGAUUAAAGACGCAUCUCUUUAGUCAAAAAACGAUGGAGAAUAAGCCGGUAAGAUCGCUUCAUUUAUCCACCGAGAAGUUAGAUCAAAGCAGGGGAGAUCCCCGGCAGGGGUGGGAUGAGCGCAAUACCGAGAAAGCUCGAGCACGUGAGGGGAAAAAUGUGCUGAUUACCGCGCUAUCGCCCAAUAAUCCUUUUCUGCCGCUUUUGCUGAACGAAUGUGAUCAAGAAUAUUCCCUGAAAACUAGACCACAGCCCCCUGCGCCCUGUUUUAGCAUGUCUUGUGUUUUUCAUGAACAUGACUUUAUCACGAGCACUCCGAUCACGGGAGGUCGCGGCCGCUCUGUUGACUCGGAACCGGAAAUCAGCGGGGAUCAUAACAUCCGGUAUGGAACGCGGAUCGCGGAGAGAAACGCUGAUAAACAGAGACGCUGUACAUGGGCCAAUUCGAAUGAAACCUUUUCCUACGUUCCUGUAGAUUCAAGCUACAGUUAUAAUUAUCCCCAAACAAGCCGUAUGCAUGUCAAAGAGGGGCUUUUUGGCAAGAUGUAUAGCUCCGUGGGCAGCCGAGCUAAUCCGUUUGUUUUAGCUGAGCAGACUAAUGAACCUUAUUCAGUCACCCCCUCUUACAACCUUCAGUGGCCAACAACUGCAUUGCCUUAUAACCCCCCCCCCCACCAAAUUAGCUGUGACCACAAGCACUCUGACUUACCACUGAUGAGUAAUAUGAGACAAACAAUGGAAACUCACUCCGACUUUGGUAUCUGCCCGACUUUAUCAUCUACUUCUCCCCACUGGCUUGCACAGUCUCCAGCCAGAGAACCCAUACCCACCAGUUGCUCUUUUUCUAACCAGCCAAUGCAGCCUGUCACACUCAUGUCUGACCGGGGGUCUAGUAAAACCCGUAGCUGUCUGAAAUUGGGGCGCUACGAUGGACAUUCUUCUUAUGAGGCGUUCCGGAAGAAGUUUGAGCUGGUGGCCGGGGCUAAUGGUUGGGAUGAAGCUGAGAGAGUGGGUCAACUCGCAGCGGCUUUAGAUGGCGAUGCACAACAGGUACUGCUGGAUGUCCAGGGAAGUCAGGUGUAUAGUGUCCACAAGUUGCAUCAGGCUUUGUCUCGCCGCUUUGGGGACACUACACCCCCGAUGGCCUUGCGGCAGCAGUUUCAGGAACGUAUCCGUCAGCCAAAAGAGCCCUUAGGUGUGUUUAUGGCUGACCUGCGACACUUAGCCCAUCGCAGUUACCCAACAUUCAGCGAAAGCGUGAAGCAUGCAUUGGUUCUGGAUGCGUUUGUACGAGGAUUGACCCCAGAUCGGUUACGGCAGCAAGUACGAAUAGCCCAGCCAUCUAACUUUGAUGAAGCCCUUGAUCAAGCGCAGGUUAUAGAAGGGAUAUUGGAGGAACGGCUAAGCGGAAUGUUAAGCAACAAUAAUGUUGGCUGCACAAGGGUUUUUGCUGCAUGCUCCGGGGAGCAGGCUCCCUCACAAACUUCUAAGGUGAAUGUGUCCCAGAGGGAGCUUGUGGUUUGUUGGCGCUGUGGAAAAACAGGUCAUUUGCGUCGGGAAUGUGCAACCCUGGAUGUGGCUGUGUCCCCUCCGCCGUCGGGAAAUGGACGGGGGCCGGAGUAG